AUGAAUGCUGUGGUCAACGUUAACGGAGUUACUCAUAUCAUUGUAUUCGAGAACUACAGUACUACUCCAGCACCUCUUGAGGGCCAACUCGGGCUUGUACUGAAUGAAUCGGUGAGCACGACUAACUUGAGCGCAAUUGAAGUUGUACCGGUAGCGGCAGCUGGAGCUGUUUUCGGUAUAUUGCUUGUCAUCGGUGUCAUUGCUACAAGUAUAUUCAUUGCUGUACUCAUUGCAGGUAGAGCCAAAUUCGCUGAGUUUCCAUUUUUUGUACUCGUUUGGCAUAUGACAGUAGCUAAUGCGAUACAUAUGGUGAUGGUCAUAUCGACGAUAAUGCCCAUCAUGCUCAUUGAGAUCGGAGACGACGGCCCUCAACGAAUGUGGUACAUCUGGGGUUCAAGGAUACUAUCACUAACGGAACAAGCCGUACUCUACUUCACCCUGUUGAUGACCAUCAAUCGUUUCGCAGUAUUCGUCUUUCCACAACUUCUUAUCGCUUUCACUCACACACGUGUGAUGAUUUUGUCGAUUUUGGCAUGGAUGUACAUAGUAUUUAUUGUGGCAUGGAAUGUCUACUCCGGAUCCUCCAAGACAUUUUCAAAGAAAAAACUCAGUAUGCAAGAGACUAUUCUAGGGAACAAUUUUUUGUCUACAAUAUUCACCCUGUCUUCUACUGUACUUCCGAUCGUGAUGUUGGCUAUGUAUGGUAUCAUAUUCAUAUUCAUCAUCAAAAAACGUGGUGCAUGUGCAGACGCAGCGACCUCCGAAAAAGAUCGCUCACUUCUAUGGCAAGCUCUGGCUGUCGCUGUUUGUUUAGAGCUAACCAAGUUCACAAACAUGAUCACACCAUUGCUGUCGGGAGCUACUUCAUGGGUACAAUGGGUGUGGACAAUAUUCAGCUAUUCUACAUCGAUCCUCAAUCAAAUGAUCAACCCGUUACUAUUUCUGACAAUGAACAAAAUGGUCCGUGGUGUUCUCAAGAGCUUCUUCCGAUCAGGAUCUAGUGGUAUCAGUUCUGAUUUGGGUGAAAAUCCAAAACAUUCUAACUCUGCACAACCGGGAUGUUGUCAAAAAAUCUGUCGACUUUUCAUACGGCAAAAACAAAUGCUAACGAAUAACCGACCAACUUCAAGGGGUACGUGGGUGUUCUGA